UGGUGUGCGGAAAAAUAGAAAAAGGAAAAGUCAUUUGAUGUAAACAAGCAUGUUGUAACCUCAAAAUAAAAAAUAUUUGUUGUUUUAAUCAAUUUAUUUAUUUAUAAAUGACAAAAUGCCAUUACGCACAAGAAAGAAAAAAAUAAUUAUUAAAAAUGAAGAAAUAAACAAAGAAAAUAUAAAAAAAAAGAAAGUUAAUAGAAAAAAAAUAAAGUCUACAACAGAUAUUUCUGUAUUGUCUUAUGAUAAUUUAAGGUCUAUUUUUUCACAUUUAAGAGCUCGAGAUUUAUGGAAUUGUUCCACAGUUUCCAGACUAUGGCAAGAUGUGGCGAAACGUGAGUUAGAUACGAGAGGUGUUGUCGUUAAAGCUGGAUCAUUUAAUAAAUUAUUCGAAGAAUGUGAUAGUAGUACGCAUAUUAGUAAUUACUUGACAAAUAAACCUAUGCUUGGUAUAUUUUUCAAUUCUCUUGAUCGUGGAUACUCAGAAUGUGUGGCGAGACACUUUCCAUUAGAUAGUUACUGUAUAUCAGUGUCAAAUUACGGAGUGAUAUUUAACAACGAGGAGCAUGAGAAAAUUGAAAACUAUUCAGCGUUUUCAUUAUUACCAGACGAUCCACACGUGGAUAUUGACCUGAUAACUGCCAAUAAUUUCUCGAUGAUAUUAACUAACAAAAAAAGAGAAAGGUUUAAAUCAGUAAGCAUGUCUUUCUGGCGAUCGUAUGGAUGCACUAUUGGUGCCAUUUAUCAGUCGUUUCGCUCGUCUGUGAGAAGGCUUAGACAAGUUAAAUGUGUUAUUAUUUUUGUUAAUCAAAAUGCUGAGUGUGAUGCGGAGCCAUCUAUACCUGAUAUUUUCGAUAAAAAAGUAAAAGUUGCUUGGGGUGGAGUCUGCAAAGACCUAACAGUAAUGCCAGUAUGUAAACCCGGUACUAGAACAGUAUCAAAACCAAUGUGGCUGGGUAUUUUGAUAUCAGGGCGUAAUGUUAGAUGCUGGUCAACAAUCUUGACCGAGGAUGACAACACUGAUGAAGCUAUAAGAAAAAAACUCCUGGAAUUAAAAGAACAAGUAGAAUUUCUUAAACACACUGUGGCAUAUAUGUUCGCUUGUACGAAUCGCGGCUCUGAGCUUCAUCAAGGACGCAAAAAUGUUGAAGCAUCUAUUUUCAAAAGUAUUUUUCCUGACGUACCUUUGACAGGAAGUUUUGGCAAUGGUGAAUAUGGGACUUACAGUGAGAGAGAAUGUAAUUCUGAAGACGAGGGAAUCUUUCAUCAAGUAUCAACGACGAUUAUGAUACUUUCUUAUGGUCAAACAGAGCGAAGAGAAACUCGCAAUGGUGCCAGUUUUUGAUUUAUUCAAUUUUUAAUUGUUACACUGCCAAAUACAAUUAGGAAUUUAUUACUAAAAUUUCAUGAUUUGAAAACAGCAAUUUGACAAAUUUUAUAAUUAACUUUAAUACGUCAAUUGUUGUCGUACAUUUGCUAUCUACACUGUCAUUAAUUCUUAGGCUUGAAAUAUUUUAUAAAAAAAUUGUUUUUUU